AUGCCCGGCCGCCAAGCCCACGGUCGCCCCCUCCUCCCCUCCCUGGGCUCUUCCUCCGGCGGCGGCAAGUCGAAGAAAAGCCGAUCCAAAGCCCGCCGCUCCGCCCAAUCCAAAGCUCUUGACGCCUUCGCCCUCGCAGCCGAGCAAGUCCCCGAGUCCCGCUCUAAGGGCGUGCGCCUUCGCGAUCUGGACGAACACCCCUCUACUUCGGCCUCAAGAAACAAGAGACAACAUGAAGAUGAUGAGGAGGAUGAUUUCGAUGGGUUUGACGAUGACGAGGGGAUGGGACGGAAAAAGAGGGCGAGGAGGGAUAGUGGCGGGGAUGAGGAUGGUGAUGAUGUGGAUGAAGAUAUGGAGGGGGGAGCUGAUGGGGAGGAUGAUAGUGAGGAGUGGCAUGUGGGAGUAACAGGAGCGGACGAAGACUCGGAGAUUGAUUCGGAUGAGGCGUUUGGGGAGAGUGAUGAGGAGAGGUUCGAGGGGUUUGUGUUUGGGGGAAGUAAGAGUCAUAAGAAGGGGACGAAAAAGAGGAGGAAUGGGAGUGAGGAUGAUGCAAUUGACCUUGCGACAGCGCUGGAUCAGUAUGAGUCUUCGGAAGAGGGCGAGGAAGGGGAAGAGUCUGAGUCAGAAGAGGAUGAUGAGGAGAGUGAAGAGGAGGACAGUGAUGAGGAAGACGACGAUCCCUCGAAGCUGGACGCUCUCCAGAGCAUGAUUGCAGGUUUCGCCGGCGAGGAUGAGGAGAGCGGCGGCGAAGGCGAAGCCAAGCCGUCAGGCAAGCAAAAGCUGAGCCUGAAGGACCUUGGCCUGGUUGGCGUCAAGGACCCCGACAUGAAGCGGUCGUUGAGACUCAUGAAGAAGGAGGAGAAGGCGACGAAGCCCGGGUCCAGCAAGAAGCUGGAGGUGCCCCUGGCCAAGCGCCAGCAGGACCGCCUGAUGCGCGAGGCCGCCUACAAGAAAACCAACGAGACUUUGGAUAGGUGGAUUGAGACGGUCAAGCACAACCGCCGCGCUGAGCACCUCGUUUUCCCCCUGGCGCAGAACGCUCACGACCGCGGUCUGGAUGCCAGCGAGCUGCAGCCCAUCACACAAAAGACGUCCGGCACCGAGCUGGAGCAGACCAUCCUGGCCAUCAUGGAGGAGAGCGGCCUCGGCCCAACCGCCAAACCCGAAAAGAAGGAGACCAGCGGCGAGGCGGGCAAGCAGGGAAUGAGCAAAGAAGAACAAAAAGAACUAAUCCGACAAAAGCGCCGCGAGCGUGAGUUGCACUCGCGCGAGAUGGCCCGCCUCAAGCGCAUCAAGAAGAUCAAGUCUAAGACGUGGCGGCGCAUCCAUCGCAAGGAGCUUCUUAAGAACGAAGAGGCCGCGUACCAGGCUGCUCUCGAAGCCGGCGAGCUUGACUCGGAGGAAGAGCGCGAGGCGCUCGAUCGGCGCCGUGCCCUCGAGCGCGUCGGUGCUAGGCACAAGGAGAGUAAGUGGGCCAAGCUGGGGAAGAAGGCUGGUCGCGCGGUGUGGGAUGAGGAUUUCCGUGCUGGGUUGGCGGAGAUGGCGAGGAGGAAGGACGAGCUGCGGAAGAGGAUCGAGGGGCUGAAGAACGGGUCGGAUGAUAGCAGUGAUGACUCGGACGGGGACGAGGAUGCGUCGGGGGAUGAAGCUGCUGAGCGAAGGAAGUUGCUUGCCGAGCUGGAGAAGGCGGCGGCGUACUCGGACGACGAUGAGCCGCACUCCAAGCUGUUCCAGCUCAAGUUUAUGCAGCGCGGCGAGGAGCUAAGGCGCAAGGAGAACGAGGAGCUUAUUGCGCAGAUUCGGCGGGAGCUAGACUCGGAUUAUGACGGGUCUGAGCCGGACGAGGUCGAGAUUGGCCGGAGGACGUUCGGCAUGGGGAAGAAGGAUAAGACCGAGCAGCAGCAGGCGCAGGAUCAGCUCGCCCGCAUGCAGGCUGCUGAGGCCAGGAAGGAGAAGGCUGCUGCCCGGGUUGCUGCCGCUGAGGAGACGGUUAAGCAGGAAGCUCGCGAGAAGGCUGAGAAAGACGAGGCUUCAGCGCCUAGCACGGCAGGAGCAUGGUCUCAGCCGAAGGUUGAAGCUGGUGCUUGGUCGAAGCCGGACGACGAGGGCAGCAGCAAGCCCCGGAAGGCGCCCAAGGGCCGGCCGGAGGAGAUUGAUGUUACCGACCUCGCGUUGGCGGGCAAGCCGGCGAAGGCGAAGGCCAACGGGCAGGCGAAGAGCCAGGUGCAGGGCAAGGCCCACGCCAGCAACGGCCAGUCCAGCAGCUCUCAGAAGGCCUCUACCUCUGUGGCGAUCACCGGCGCUGAGGAAGACGGCAACGACUCGGACGACUCGGACGCCGUGCACCUGCCCAUGGCGAUUCGCGACCGGGCACUCAUCGAGCGUGCUUUUGCCGGUGACGACGUGGCUGCCGAGUUUGAGAAGGAAAAGGCCGAGAUCGAGGCUGAUGACGAUGAGAAGGAGAUCGACAACACUCUGCCGGGCUGGGGCAGCUGGGUUGGCGAGGGCGUGAGCAACCGCGAAAAGAGAAGACAUCAAGGAAGAUUUGUGACGAAGGUUGAGGGUAUCAAGAAGGAGAAGAGGAAGGAUUAUAAGCUGAAGGAUGUUAUUAUUAAUGAGAAGAGGGUUAAGAAGAACGACAAGUACCUCGCCACCGGCCUGCCUCAUCCCUUCGAGUCCCAGCAGCAGUACGAGCGGUCGCUGCGCCUGCCUGUUGGACCGGAAUGGAUGACGAAGGAGACGUUCCAGGACGCGACGAAGCCGAGGGUUAUCAUCAAGCAGGGCAUUAUUGCGCCUAUGUCAAAGCCUAUGUACUAG